GACCACUAUACAUGAAAGGGUUCAAUCAUGCGUCUGUUUUUUCUGUAUUAAUCUCUCAAACCUCUUCAGUUUGACUCAAAACCAGGAAAAGGUCAAUAAUUUUCAGAAUUUGAACCUGGAGGAUUAAAGAUGGACUCAUCCUGGAGCCAAUCACACAGAAUGGAUCAGAGUGAGGACAGAGAGGAGGGAGCCCCUCCCUGGAAGACCACCCACAGACCCCCCACAGGAUCUGGACCUGGACCUGGAUCUGGACCCAGCUGUGUGUCCAUGAAGAGUGAUGACUCCAUGAACCGAUUCAUACAGUUUAAAACAGGACGUGUUCCACAGACUCAACCUGGACCUGGACCUGGACCCAGCUGUGUGUCCAUGAAGAGUGAUGACUCCAUGAAUCGAUUCAUACAGUUUAAAACAGGACGUGUUCCACAGACUCAACCUGGACCUGGACCCAAACCUGGACCCGGCUGUGUGUCCAUGAAGAGUGACACCUCCAUGUUUGACCCCAUGUGCUUUAAAACAGGACGUGUAUCACAGACUCAAGCUGGACCUGGACCUGGACCUGGACCUGGACCUGGACCGGAACCUGGACCCAGCUGUGUGUCCAUAAAAAGUGAUGCCUCCAUGUUUGAACCCAUAAGUUUUAAAACAGGACGUGUUCCACAAACUCAAGUGGAGCAGCAGAGCUCAGAGGUUCCCAGUGGUCUUCAGGAUCAGACUCAGCUGGACUCCAUAUUUAAGCUGCUGGAGGAGAACAUCUGCACUUUUGUCAAGAACGAACUGAGGAAGUUCCACAAGGUUCUGAGUCCAGAUUACCCAGAAUGCUUAGAGAGUCUGAGUGAUGAGGAUGAAGAGCAGAGGAGGAGCUCAGAGGCUUUUCUGAAGAUCACACUGAACUUCCUGAGGAGGCUGAAGCAGGAGGAGCUGGCUGAGCGUCUGCACCGCAGUAAGACCAUUCUUCAAUCUGGAGUUCAGCAGCGGAAACUGAAACGUAACCUACAGCAGAAGUUUGAGUGUGUGUUUGAAGGCAUCGCUAAAGCAGGAAACCCCAAAACCCUCCUGAACCAGAUCUACACAGAGCUCUACAUCACAGAGGGAGGGGCUACAGAGGUCAACCAGGACCAUGAGGUCAGACAGAUUGAAACAGCAUCCAGGAACCCACACAGACCACCAACAACCAUCACAUGUGAAGACAUCUUUAAAACACCGGCUGACAGAGAUCAGCCAAUCAGAACGGUGCUGACAAAGGGCGUGGCCGGCAUCGGGAAAACAGUGUCCACACAGAAGUUCAGUCUGGACUGGGCUGAAGACAAAGCCAACCAGGACAUCCACUUCAUAUUUCCAUUCACCUUCAGAGAGCUGAAUGUGCUGAAACAGAAGAAGUUCAGCUUGGUGGAACUGGUUCAGCACUUCUUCACUGAAACCAAAGAAGCAGGAAUCUGGAUCUUUGAAGAUCUCCAGGUGGUGUUCAUCUUAGACGGUCUGGAUGAGUGUCGACCUCCUCUGGACUUCAACAACACUCAGAUCCUGACUGAUGUGACAGAGUCCAGCUCAGUGGAUGUGCUGCUGAUGAACCUCAUCAGGGGGAACCUGCUUCCCUCUGCUCGUCUCUGGAUGACCACACGACCUGCAGCAGCCAAUCAGAUCCCUGCUCAGUGGGUGGACAUGGUGACAGAGGUCAGAGGGUUCACUGACCCACAGAAGGAGGAGUACUUCAGGAAGAGGUUCAGAGAUAAAAAACAGACCAACACAAUCAUCUCCCACAUCAAGAUGACACGAAGCAUCCACAUCAUGUGUCACGUCCCAGUCUUCUGCUGGAUCACUGCUACAGUUCUGGAGGACAUGUUGAAGACCACAGACAGAAGACAACUGCCCAAGACCCUGACUGAGAUGUACAUCCACUUCCUGGUGGUUCAGGCCAAAGUCAAGAACAUCAAAUAUGAUGGAAGAUCUGAGACAGAUCCACACUGGAGUCCAGAGACCAGGAAGAUGAUUGAGUCUCUGGGAAAACUGGCCUUUGAGCAGCUGAAGAAAGGAAACCUGAUCUUCUAUGAAUCAGACCUGACAGAGUGUGGCAUCGAUAUCAGCUCAGCCUCAGUGUACUCAGGAGUGUUCACAGAGGUCUUCAAAGAGGAGAGAGGACUGUACCAGGACAAGAGGUUCUGCUUCAUCCAUCUGAGUGUCCAGGAGUUUCUGGCUGCUCUUCAUGUCCAUCAGACCUUCAUCCCCACAGGAGUCAAUCUACUGUCAAAAAGACGAACCACAUCCCAUAGGUCUAGACCUGCAGAGACCCACUUCUACCAGACUGCUGUGGACCAGGCCUUACAGAGUCCAAAUGGACACCUGGACCUGUUCCUGCGCUUCCUCCUGGGUCUAUCACUGCAGACCAAUCACAGACUCCUACAAGGUCUGAUGAAACAGACAGGAAGUAGCUCAGAGACCAAUCAGAAGACAGCUGAGUACAUCAAGAAGAAGAUCAAUGAGAAACUGUCUGUAGAGAAAAGCAUCAACCUGUUCCACUGUCUGAAUGAACUGGAGGAUCGAUCUCUGGUGGAUCAGAUCCAACGGUACCUGAGAUAUGGAGGUCUCGACACAGUGCAUCUGUCUCCUGCUCAGUGGUCAGCUCUGGUCUUCAUCUUACUUUCAUCAGAGAAGGAUCUGGAUGAGUUUGACCUGAACAAAUACUCUCCUACAGAGGAGGCUCUUCUGAAUUUGCUGCCAGUCGUCAAAGCCACCAACAAAGCUGUGUUAAGUCUCUGUAACCUGUCAGAGAGAAGCUGUGAAGGUCUGUCCUCAGUUCUCAGAUCCCAGUCAUCUAGUCUAACACAUCUGGACCUCAGCAACAACGACCUGAAGGAUUCAGGACUGAAGAUCCUGUCAGAUGGACUAAGGAGUCCAGACUGUAAACUGGAGACUCUCAGACUGUCAGGAUGUCUGAUCACAGAGGAAGGAUGUUCUUCUCUGGUCUCAGCCCUAAAGUCCAAUCCGUCCCAUCUCAGACUGCUAGACCUGAGCUACAACCAUCCAGGAGCCUCAGGACAGGAGCUGUGUGCUCUAGUGGAGGAUCCACACUGGACACUGGACACUGUCAGGUUGGAGCCCAGUGGAGUCCGAUGGUUGAGACCAGGUCUGAGGAAGUAUUUCUGUGAACUCACCCUGGAUCCAAACACAGCGAACAGAAAACUCAAACUGUCUGAAAACAACAAGGUGGAACAUGUGAAGGAGGUUCAGUCAUAUCCUGAUCAUCAGGACAGAUUUGAGGUCCAUCAUCAGCUGAUGUGUUCAACUGGUCUGACUGGUCGCUGUUACUGGGAGGUUAAGUGGAGUGGAUGGGUUGAUGUAUCAGUGAAUUACAGAGGAAUCAGAAGGAAAGGAAAGAGUUUAGACAGUAGGUUUGGAGGAAAUGAUCAGUCCUGGAGUCUGCUCUGUCAUGAAGGUGGAUACAUAGUCAGGCAUGAUAACAAACACACAUCCCUCUCUCCCAUCUCCUCCUCUGGUACAGUCUCAGUGUAUGUGGACUGUCCUGCUGGAUCUGUGUCCUUCUACAGAGUCUCCUCUGACAAACUGAUCCACAUCCACACCUUCAAAACCACAUUCACUGAACCACUGUUUGCAGGAUUUGGUUUCUGGUCAUACGGAUCCUCAGUGUCUCUGUGUGAUGUGUAGUUGUGUAGAUGUGUUGUGUAGUUGUGUUUUGUCCAUGAAAUAGUUGUAAACAAAUCAGUUCAAUUUUAACACAGUUGUGUCUGAGUUGAUCAUCUACAAAUACACAAAACAUUUACAAACACCAAGAACAUGAAUCACCCUAAAUUCUUCAACAAUUAUCUUGUUUAUUUUUACGCUUUAUAUGUUCAUAAAAUUAGAAAUGAAUCCAACCAGUAGUUUGACAGAAGAAUUGCUCAUGAAGACGACGCCUCCACAAUAACUCAUCUGUGUGCAUUUUUUCCACAGUGAGAGGAUUAGGACUGUAGACUGAAAAUAACAAUUACAGUAAAGGAGCGCAUUUACAGAAGAAAGACAGAAUGUUUGGGGAAAAGUCAUAAAGAGGUGGAAAUAUCUGGGGAAUAGUUUCCAUGUCUGCAUUAAAUUCAUCUUUUGGACUGA